AUGCCAUUAUUGGGUUUUACUAUUAUACUCGUCAGAUAUUAUAAUAAACUUCCUUUUGUUCUGAUUUUCUACACGUUUGUCGGGGUCUUGGCACUGAAUAAUUUGUACACGAACAACGUGUACGUGUUGAGCGCCUGUUUCCAGCAGAUAAACGAAUCUCUGGAGAAAUUGAAGGAAAUUCUGAUCAACGACGAGCCUCAUCUCCGCAGAAGAGUUUUCCACGCGCGGAAGAAUCCUGUGUUGCUCACGAUGUUGAGACGCCAAAAGGAGCAACACUUGGAGACGAGUAAAACCGUCCAUGAAUUGAAUAAUGCGUUUAGUACUCAAAUGGAAGCAUCGCUAUUCUUGUUGCUCAUUGACAUUACUUUCAACAUUUAUUCUUAUUUACUCGUGUACAACAAUGAAGGGACGAUUAAAAAGUUCGGGUAUGAUAUCAUCUUUGCAGUUUUCUACGUAGUUCACGUGAUUGUGAUAAUUUUGGUCGUCGAUAUUGCUAGAAGUGAAAUGGAGAAAAUUGGCUGGAAUAUUCAUAGAAUCCUGAUUCAUACUUCGGAUGAAAAGAUGACGACGGAGUUGGAGAUGUUCUCGUUGCAAGUACUGCAAAGAGGCAAUACGUUCACGAUGAAGGCGAUUGUGUUAGAUUUUACGUACUUGAAACAGAUUGUUUGCAGUAUCACCACCUUCUUGUUAAUCCUGGUGCAAUUUUUAGUCGAUAGGCCUUGUUGA